AUGAAUACUUUAGAAAAUUAUUUAAUAGCUGUACGACCAUGGUCAUUUAGUACAAGUAUGAUGCCUGUUUUAUUAGGUAGUGCUCUUGCUUAUCCAUCUUUACGUGCCAUGUCAAUAAUCGUUCUUCUUCUUACUUCAAUAUCGGCUUUAUGUGUUCAUGCAGCUGCUAAUCUAUUUAAUACAUAUUAUGAUUAUAUGCAUGGUGUUGAUACUCCAUUAAAUAAUAAUAAUAAUAAAGAGAAUAUAAAUGAUGUUGAUACUAUUGAUGAUCGAACAUUAAUUGAAGGUUUACUUAAACCAAAUGAUGUUGUUCGACUUGGUUUAAUAUUAUAUGCAAUUGGUACAAUAGCUUUUCUUUUUUUAACACAUUUUUCACAAGCAAAAGAACCUUAUUUGGCUAUAAUAUUUUUUGGAGCUUUACCAUUUUCAUUUCUUUAUACAGGAGGCAUUGGAUUUAAAUAUAUAGCUCUUGGUGAUAUAAUUAUAUUAUUAACAUUUGGUCCUAUUACAGUUGUUUAUUCAUAUAUGGCACAAGCAGGUCAUUAUAGUAUUUAUCCAAUAUUUUAUGCAUUACCUUUAACAUUAAAUACUGAAGCUAUACUACAUAGCAAUAAUACACGUGAUAUGAAACAUGAUAAAUCUGUUGGUAUAUUAACAUUACCAAUAUUACUUGGUAAACGAUAUUCAUAUUAUCUUUAUUGUUUACUUAUUUAUUCACCAUAUAUAAUAAUAAUAUAUAUUAUGAUAAAUAUAUCAUGGUAUUGUUUUUUACCAUUAUUAACUAUAAUUUAUGCAUAUCGUUUAUGUGAAGAAUUUAAACACGAUCAAUUAAUUAAAUUACCAAAUCGAACAGCUCUAUUAAAUUUUUUACUUGGAUUUCUUUAUAUAAUUUCAAUUAUUAUAACAAAUACAAUACGAAAAGAGCAACAAUUUCUUUUUUGA